AUGGAGCUGGAAUUUGUGGGGCCAAGUAACCUAUCAAAUCCAGUUAGAAUAGAUCAGAUAAAUAAUGGCAACCAUAAGAAUGCUAUGAUGAAUGAAGAGGUCUCUGGUACUCCCAUUCUAGCAAGUAUACUAAAUUCUGCAAGUCAUCCUACAGUUUGCCUCUUUCAAAUUUUAUUUAAAGUCCUUGCAUUCUUAUCUUUUAUUUUUGGACCAUUUUUUUUUAGGUUUUUUUCAAAUAAUAGCUUCAUUAUAACUUUUUUCCUCACAACAAUAUUACUUUCUUUAGAUUUCUGGACAGUGAAGAAUGUAACUGGGAGAAUUCUUGUCGGAAUGAGGUGGUGGUACGAGAUUUCAAAGGAUGGAGAGACUAUUUGGAUGUUUGAAAACUAUAACGAAUCUAAAAAUGCAAAUGCCUUUGUUUCAUCUAGCACUGACAAAUCUAUCUUUUGGGUUACAAUGUAUGCAUGGGCUCUGCUCUGGAUUGUUAUUUUAAUAUUUCAAUUUUUAUCAUUAAAGUUUCAGUGGAUUUCUCUUUCAGCAAUAGCAAUUGCACUUUCAUUCUCUAAUCUAAUUGGAUACAACAAGUGUAUGCGUUCCUCCAAAAACUUUCAAAAGAAUUGGAUUACUAAUAUUGCAGUAAAAACUAUUAUAAAUAAUGCACAAAACAUGGUUUAA